AGAGGUUUUUUUUUGUCCGCCAGACGAUGCUGGACGUAAUUACCGGCGAAACGUCGUGACUCGAAUUGUAAAUGUUGUGUGUUUACUCUCCAGCACUCGGGCGUUUGCACUCCCAGACGGCCGUGGAAGCCGACACGGGCUGUGCGAUAAAUACUCUCCGACUUUACGUUGAGAGAGAGAGGGGGCGCGGACGUGCGAAGGGAUUGUUGCUGAUUUUAUUUUUGUCGCUCUCUCGUUGUCGGCGAGUGUCGGAAGUUUUUCAAUUCCGUUGUACGAAUUUAGUGUGUUGGGUUUCUGUGAUUAAAAAAAAACAGAAACGCGAAACACGUGCGGCUGUCGGGGCGCCGCGGGGGUCCGCUCUGGCUCGCCGUAGCCCGCACCGCCGCCUCCACACCCCUCCGUGAAACUCUGACCUCUCAACAUCGCUGGCGUCUGUCAUCCAGCAGCAACAACAACAACCACUACAACCACCACAACAACAACAACCUCGUCUCUCACCAUCUCACAGCAGCACGUUCCACGGUGGGGCCGAUCGCUGACCCGGAGCCCCGUUCCGCCACGCUGCUCCGAGCCCCUGCGCUUCUCUCCAUCCCACGGAACACGCAGCUCGGGGAUAGAGAGCACUGUUAAUCGAGGGCAGAUUCGCGCGGCUCACGGAGAGAGUACAACAAAGAGGCUAUGUUGCACAGAUACACCUGUUGAUGCGGUUCACACACUGCAACACGCAAGCUACCUAGCGCGGAUGCACUGACCGCGCGGUGUAUUCAAUACACGGGCAGGAUACAUUGUUGAAAUACGUUAUCGACGCAGUUCACACACCCAGCGCAGUGGACAUAGUUGGCAUGCAUUGUUCGCAUAAUACGUGCACCCAAUACAGGCAGCACACAUAGCCGAGAAGCAUUGUUCACGUGUUUGAGGCACAUUGUAUUGUACGACGUAUGUCAUUGAGCGAAUAGUUUAUUCACAAACAGCACAGACGUCUUCACGUAGCUCGGUUCCAAGCAGCGACUCAUCUUGAAUUCAUAUCAGGGAUCGGCUGGCACCAAGACCGUAAGAAGUGGAGGCGUUGGGUCGCUUGGCGCGUCAGUGGCACGGGACAGACUAAGCACGAAGGAUCCACUCUAAUCCGCACGCACGCACGCACGGCGCUCACCCCCCGCAGUCCGAUUUGUCCAGGCGUCCGUUCAGAAGCGCGCCUGAGCCCUCCCACUCCCGCGCCGCCGCGAGCCAUGUCGUCGUCGGUGACGGCGGCUCUGGAGGCGGCGGUGGUGGUGGCGUGCGUCUGCCGCCUGCACCUGGCCUCGUGGGGGCCGCUCACGGCCUCGCUGCUCCUCCUCGCCGUGCAGACCUUCUACACGCAGCCCAAGUGGGGCCGCCUCAUCGGCGCCUCCCCAACGCUCGGCGCCGCCUUCCGGUCUGGCUCGGCCUCCGCGUGCGGCCUGCUGGCGGGCGGCCUGGCCGUCCCGCUCGUGGCCGCGGCGCUGGCCCACCGCUGCGCCGGCACGGCGGCCAAGGCGGCGGCGGUGUCGGCGGCGCUCUCGUCGUCGCUGCUGCUGUCGCUCACCUCGCUGGUGGGCCUGCUGCUCACGCGGCCGCUCCCGCGCCGGACCUGCGCCAUCUACGUCGCUACCACCGCCCUGGCGGUUCACGCGCUGCGCGGCGGCGGCGCCGGUGCCGACGGCGCCGCCGCGAUCGCCGGCCUCCUCCUGGCAUCGGCCGCCUUCCUGCUGCUGCUCUUGGUGGCGCUGCCCGGCAGCCUGUCGCUGGGCGAGGCGCUGGUGGUCGCCGAGGGGCUGGGCGCGCCGGCGCACUGCCUGGCGACGUGGACGGUGGCCUCGGGCGGCGGCGCCAAGCGGGAUGAGCUGACGAGCGUGCUGCUCGUGGUGAGCGCCGGCGCCGUGGUCGCCGGCGCCGUCUUCAGCCUCCUCUUCCGCUUCAUGACGUCGAACCACCUGGCGCGUGCCGUCUACUUCUACGGCCUGUGCCUGGUGUUCGCGCUCGGCAUCCUGCUGCCCUGGCUGCAGCACCUGUUCCACUCCGACCCCUUGCUCUGGCUCGCCGACUUCCUGAGCCGGCCGCGCGACCGCCGCUACACGCUCGCCUACUGGGCUUUCCUGCUGGCGGGCGCCGUGGCGCUCGCGGCGGCGCUGGGCGGCGCCGCGUGGCCCGCGGGCGGCGCCCUGCCCCGCACGGCGGCGCGCAAGGCCUUCCACGCGUUCGCCGUGGCCGCCUUCCUGCCGGGCCUGGCGCGCGACCGCGCCCUGCUGCACCUCGCGUCCGUGGCGGCGGCGGCGGCGUUCCUGGGCCUCGAGUACGCUCGCGCCUUCGACGUGCGGCCGCUGGGCGGGAUCCUGCGCGCGUCGCUGCCGGCGCUGGUGGACGAGCGCGACUCGGGCCCGCUCGUCCUCACCCACAUCUACCUGCUGCUCGGCAUGGCGCUGCCCCUGUGGCUCUCGUGGCCCGCCUGCUGCCCCCUGGCCGGCGCGGCCGUCGGCCUCCCGUCGCUGGCGCCGUACGCCGGCGUGCUGGCGCUGGGCGUGGGCGACGCGGUCGCUUCGGUGUUCGGCUCGGGCCUCGGAUGCUGCCGCUGGCCCGGCACGUGCAAGACGGUGGAGGGCACGGUGGCGUCGGUGUUCGCGCAGGUGAUGGUGCUGGCCCUGGUGGCGGUGGCGGACGGCGCUGUGCGGCUCGGGUCGGAGUACGCGGCGGUGCUCGUGUGCGUCACGCUCGCGGCCCUCCUCGAGGCCUUCACGGCGCAGAUCGACAACCUCCUGCUGCCGCUCUACGCCUUCGCGUUGUUCCUCGCCUGAGCGACGACGGCGGUGUCACCGGCGGCAAGGUGAAGCGUGCCGAAUCGGCUCGUCGUCAUUUCUACCUCCCUCGUGUUUUCCGUCGGCUCCGCAGCGCGUUUUCAGGUCGUGCCGCGCAUUCGGUAUGACGCCGUGGUACGAUCCGAACAACCGCGUCCCUACGGGGGGUGGUGGGGGUGGAGGGGGCGAUUCGGCUCGCUAGACGUGAAAUCCUACGCAGUUGUUUCCCUCGCUAGAAACUCACGGUCCGGCUUUUCAUUCCCAGUGGCCCUUCCCGUACAUGUGUGUGUGUGAUGCAGGGAACGUACACACGGCUGCCUUGCAUGCAUGCGCUCUCUCGUCUGUUUCGGCCGUUUGUUUUCAUGGCUACUAUUCUUCUUAAAGAGAUUACUUAUAUAAUUUCACUUGGGGUCACACUGCCAGAUGAUUUGUUUUUUUUAUCAUAUCGUGAAGGUUACCGCACAGCGUCUUUGUCGUCAUAUUUUACAUUCUUGUUUUUUUGGUCGAAAAAAAAUGAGCUUUGUUCAAAUCACGUUAAAAGGGGGAUAAGGAUAUCUAUUUUCUGCAGUAAUUAUUUUGGAGCGGCGACGUGUAGUGGGUCUGCUGCGCAUUGCAACUUCAACCAUGAUAUUAUAAGCGGUUCUCCCCCCCCCCCCCCACUACCGCCCAUUCACCAACCCGCACUGACCAGCGCGUGGUGAAGUAUGGUCACGCACACUUCACCCGUGACCAACGACACACCAUGAGGGGGAGGGGGCAUUGAUCCAAAAGUGGAUCGACAAAAGGGCUGUGAAAGGAAAUUGGGUGACACGGGUUGAGACGGACCUCCUACUUCCUGCACUAGAGAACCGGGAAUUUAAAAUCAGUUUGCCGCCUGAACUCGCUUGCUGUAAAGUGGGCGCUAUGAGCCCCUGAGCCCGGAGACACCUGGUCACCCAAAAGGGAUCGCUGUCGUUGCACUCGAAACCACUCGAGGUACGUAGCGGGGUGGUUCACGUCGAUGCUCACGCCGGCCAUGCGCGCCCAAAUUGUGUAGGCGUGAGAGAUAUGAUCCUUAAGGCGGUACCCCAAGGUACCAAGUAAUACAAAAUGGCCGAGGCAAUUAAAUAUUUUAUUUCUGGGACACUAUUUUUUCCAGGGGUGUACUUCACUCAGCUAUCAAUCAAUCCGAAAUCAGCGCUACUUCGUGAUGUCGAAACGCCAAACAUUAACGUAAAAAAAAAAUCUGUUUUCGAAUAAUUCUACUUUGAAUAGUGCAUCGUGUACAGCUCGCCGAGAUGAGUCGAUUGCCGCAUCGCCGACCAUCAACAGACUAAAAAUCACUGCAUCACGGACAUUGCGCGAGAGCCGGGGUGUACUAUGGUACCCCGGGGUACCGCCAUGAGGUUCAUUUGGGUUGUUCUCAAUACGUGCUGAUUUAUACGUGCGAUCUCUUUUCUUCUUUUUAACUGUCAAAGGCGAAUAAAACAAUACGAUAUCGAUGACUGGGCAGCACAAAAGAAGGGACGUGCAAAUGAAA